AUGAAGGAGAGGGGAACAUGCUCUAAUACCAAAGUGGUAGAGUUUAUACUGGUUGGAUUUCCAGGCACACAAAACUACCGGGCAGCACUGUUUCUGGCAUUCCUAAUUGUUUACCUAAUCGUACUUCUAGGAAACAGUGCCAUUGUUGCUGCGGUGAAGACCAGUCACAAGCUACAAAAACCAAUGUACUUCUUUCUGAGUAACUUGGCUAUUGUUGACAUACUCUAUACAAGUACAACUAUUCCAAAGAUGUUAGCCAUAUUUCUUUUUAAUGCUAAUACAAUUUCUUUUGUAGCCUGUUUUACACAAGUUCUCACUAUGUACUCUUUUGGGACAACUGAAGCUUUUCUUUUAGUAGUUAUGGCAUAUGAUCGCUAUGUAGCAGUGUGUAACCCACUACGUUAUAUGUCUAUCAUGACCAACAAAGUUAAUACACAAAUGGCCAUUGGUUGUUGGGCAUUAGCAUUCACAGUGAUACUUCCACCCUGUGUUCUGACAGCACAGUUACCCUACUGUGGCUCAAACAGAAUCGAGCAGUUCUUCUGUGAUCACUUGUAUCUUAUCAGGUUAGCCUGUACAGACACCACUUUCCAUACAAACUUAAGUUUUGGUCUUGCAAUGUUUCUUACUCUUGUACCGUUUUUUCUUGUUACUGUUUCAUAUGUAAAGAUCCUAAGAUCUGUAUUUAAAAUUGAAUCAGGAGAGGGACGUCUGAAGGCUUUUUCUACAUGUAGCUCCCAUUUAAUAGCUGUUACAUUGUAUUACAUAUCAUUAACUAUUAUCUGUGUUUCUUAUAUAACAGACUUCGUGCCAGAGAAAUUCCAUAGCUUAAGCACUGUACUCCCAAACAUUCUAACACCAACACUAAAUCCACUAAUUUAUACAUUAAGGAACAAAGAAGUCAAGGAUGCUAUAACAAAACUUUUGAAAUGUAAAGCAGUUUUUCCUGCAUCGGAAAUACAUGUGCUCAAGGAAUAUGCACUAAGUGGGAGAAAAGCCAAAGCUGGAACUGACACGUAUGCAAAAUGCUGA